AUGGCGACUCCUUUACAGUUUGCCCCAUUCGCAUCCGAGAUUGAGUUGCCAUUCUACUCGGCGCUCUUUGCAUCCAAGCUCGACUAUGACAAGCUUGAUGACUCGGCGCGCGGGGUUCUCGGGCUGUAUGAGCCGCGAGUAGAGCAGCCUGAAGCGAGCAGCAAGAUGCAGAUAUUGGGUAAUGCCCUAACAAGCAAAAAUGCGCCGCUGGGCACAGCCAGAGCCGAAGGUAUCAUACGAAACGUGAACACUUUGGAGGACUUUAAGAACAUGGACAAGACUGCCAUGCUGAAGACGGCAGGGCGACAGAUUUGGGAUGCCAUCAAUGACGGUACAAUCUACUCAGUCCCUUCUCUCCUCUCCUCAUUCGUCAUUCUCUCGUACGCAGAUCUCAAAAAAUAUAAAUUCACAUACUGGUUCGCCUUUCCGGCGCUUCAUUCCGACCCAGCCUGGCGCCGCUCCGGCCCCAGCGAACGCCUCACACCCGAUGAAACGACGGCCCUGGUCGACCGUGUCGGCACAUGGCGCUACUCGGUUGACGGCCGCGAGCACGGCUUUUUUCUCGCCAAAAAGGUUCACGGACCCGAGAGUGAGGACCACGACGAAUACGCAGACGAAGCUGAAGAGAUGGAACCCGAUACAGAGGCCGAAACGGCCGCCAGCAAACUAGCGUACCACUGGAACGUGGGCUCGCUGCGCCGCUUCGAAGAGGGCUUUUUCAACAAUGUCGCCGAGGAGGACCGGUACAUAUGCUUCGUCGACUCGUCCACGCACGAUGAAGGCCCGUCAUGGCCCCUGCGAAACCUGCUGGUGCUGAUCCGCCAGCGGUUCCGCCAGACGCGGGUCAAGAUCCUCUGCUACCGGGACACGCGGGCGCGGCGGCACGAGGCCAGGAGUGUGGUUCUGCCGCUGGAGAUGGACGCGGUCAGCAGCAUAGAGAUGGCUGAGAUGCCCAAGGUGACGGGCUGGGAGCGCUCGCGCAACGGCAAGCUCCAGGCGCAGCAGGCUAACCUGGGCGAGUACAUGGACCCGGCGCGGCUCGCCGACUCGUCGGUCGACCUCAACCUCAAGCUCAUGAAGUGGCGGCUGGCGCCAGAACUCGACCUUGAUGGCAUCAAGAACACAAAGUGCCUGCUGCUUGGCGCUGGCACUCUCGGAGGCUACGUGUCGCGUAACCUGCUCGGCUGGGGAGUCCGCAAGAUUACCUUUGUCGACUACGGCCGGGUGUCGUACUCGAAUCCCGUGCGGCAGCCGCUCUUUGAGUUUGAGGACUGCGUGGGCGGUGGGAAGCCAAAAGCCGAGGCGGCGGCCGCUAUGCUUCGCCGUAUAUACCCCGGUGUCGACGCUCAAGGUCAUUCGCUCGCGGUGCCCAUGCUCGGCCAUCCAUUCACCGACGAGGCACGCACAAAGGCGGACCUGGACAGGCUCAAGAUGCUGAUUGACGAACAUGACGUGAUUUUCCUCCUCAUGGACACGCGCGAGUCGCGGUGGCUGCCGACGGUCAUGGGCAAGGCCGCGGGAAAGAUUGUCAUGAAUGCGGCACUGGGAUUCGAUUCUUACGUUGUCAUGCGACACGGCGCCGAGACGAUGCAAGAGGGCCAUCUACCUCUGGGAUGUUACUUUUGCAACGAUGUCGUUGCACCGGCAGAUUCCAUGAAGGAUCAGACUCUCGACCAGCAAUGCACCGUGACCCGGCCCGGCGUCGCCGCCAUCGCCUCCGCCCUCCUCGUCGAGAUGCUCACCAGCCUCCUGCAGCACCCGCUCCGCAACGCCGCGCCCGCGCCGCAGCAUUCCCCAUCGUCGGCCGAGCGCGACCCCCCGACCCAUCCUCUCGGCCUUGUGCCGCACCAGAUCCGCGGCUACGUGUCGACGUUUACCAGCCUCGUGAUUCGCGGCCAGAGCUACGACUGCUGCAGCGCGUGCAGCCCAAAAGUGCUGGCCGCGUACCGCGCCGACGGGUGGCAGUUUCUGCGGCGCGCCCUCCAGGAAAAGGACUACGUGGCUGAACUCUCCGGGCUGGCCGAGGUGCAGCGCCGCGCCGAAGAGAUGGCGGGCGAGCUGGACUGGGACGAUGAGGACGAAGGUUUGGGGGGGGAUGACGACGGCGAGCUGCGGUGA